AUGCCGCCAUCACAGCUGGGCGGCGCCUCGCAGCAGUCGCAGCCAUCUUCCCAACAAUCCUUCUCCAUGAGUCAAUCCUCACAGUCUGUCUACAGACAGUACACCGAUCCGCCCAAUCGGCUACACAAUGAUCAUGCCGUACCUACCAUCUACUCUGCCACAUACUCAGGAGUCGGCGUCUACGAAAUGGAGGUCAACAAUGUCGCCGUCAUGCGCCGACAAAAAGACGGCUGGGUCAAUGCCACACAGAUCCUCAAGGUCGCAAAUAUUGACAAGGGCCGACGUACCAAGAUCCUCGAAAAGGAAAUCCAAAUCGGUGAACAUGAAAAGGUCCAGGGCGGUUAUGGCAAAUACCAGGGAACAUGGAUCCCAUUCGAGCGAGGCCUCGAAGUCUGCCGCCAAUACGGCGUUGAGGAGCUGCUGUCCAAACUCCUGACACACAACAGGGGACAGGAAGGCGAGACAGGAAACGUCGACACCCCCACCAAGGAACAGGCCAUGGCCGCACAGAGGAAGCGCAUGUACAACGCCAGCUCGCAAGAGAAUCGCGGUAUUGGCGCCACCGGCACCUUCUUCAAGAACAUCUCCUCCACGGCAUCAACCGCAGUGGCUGCCAUCAGCAAGGCUCGCUUUGAUUCCCCUGCGCCUCGAAACCGCAGCGGUCCGAGUCGGGCUCCCAGCUUCAACCGCCAGUCCUCGAUGCAGGACGUGGCUGAUUUCCCCAACUCCCAACAAAGCCUUGUUUCGACCGAAUACGCAACACAGACACAGAACGGCGACUCGGGCUUCGGGUCUCAAAAUACCCAACCCCUAACUGGUGACGGCCUCGAACAACCCCCUAGGAAGCGGCAAAGGGUUCUCACUCCCGCUGCAAGUUUUAGCGGCCAAACUCCGGCUUACCAGCCUCUCGAUUCCCAUAAUGCUGGAAACGUUGGUAACGGAGACACAGGCUCUCCUACCGAGCCCAACAAUUCCUUCGUCUACGAACAGGCUACUGUCAAUGAUGGCGAGGCCUCGUAUGCCCGUGGUCCAUUGCGGCCGUUGCCCUAUGACAACAGCGCCGAUGCGGAUGCCAAGCGGAACAUGCUGAUGGGUCUCUUCAUGGAUGUCAAUGGCCCUGACGAGGCGAUACAGGCUGUACUUUGCAAUGUGCCUCCACAGGAGCUGGACACCCCCAUCGACACCCAGAGUCACACGGCCCUUCAUUGGGCUGCUACCCUUUCCCGGAUGCCGCUUUUGCGAGCACUCAUCAACGCAGGAGCAAACCCGCGGCGUGUAAAUGCCUGUGGAGAGACUGCCCUUAUGCGUGCCUGCACCGUCACCAACUCUAUGGAGAACAACACUUUCCCUGAGCUUCUCGAUCUCCUUGGUUGCACUCUUGACGUGACAGACGACAAGGGCCGCACCGUUCUGCAUCACAUUGCCGUCACCAGUGCGGUCAAGGGCCGCCAUUAUGCCAGUCGAUACUACCUCGAGAGCCUUCUGGAAUGGGUCGUCCGACAAGGCAGUGCUCCAAAUAGCCAGGAGAACGGUGUCGGUGACAAGAAAGGACGCCGAAUGGGUAUUGGCCGGUUUAUGAGCGAGAUCGUCAACGCUCAGGAUAACAGUGGCGAUACGGCGCUCAACGUUGCUGCCCGCGUCGGGAACCGGAGCAUCAUUUCCCAGCUCCUCGAAGUGGGCGCAGAUCCCACAAUUCCCAACCGAGCCAAUUUGAAGCCGCUCGAUUUUGGAAUUGGUAUUGCCGACGCCGAAACCAACGGUGAUCAAACCGGAGAGAAAAACCCCGCCACAGCUGGCAGUGGGCAUAAGAGUCGCGAAACCAGUGAUGAGCUCGUCAACUCCAUCACUCACCUCAUUGGCGAAUCCACUUCCAUCUUUCAAAACGAGCUUAAGAAGAAACAAGAGUCGAUCGACACCCUCCACUCCCAACUCCGCAUCACUUCCUCGCAAGUCGGCGACGCCCGCCGCACCCUCGAGUCCCUACAGGAGAAGCUCAAAGCCCAGCAACUCGCCAAGCAAAAGAUUAUCAACUUCAACCGGGCAUCCGAAGAAGAAGAGCAGAUCCUCAUCGAACUCGAGCAGCGGCACGGCCGGCUGGACGUCGCUUCCGCCAAUGCCUGGGAGAUGGAACUCGAGUCGGCGUUGGAGAUCGUCAAGACACAGUCACCCAAAGGAUUGGACCCGGCCAGCCGACCUAGUCUACCGAGUGCGGCUGUCCUAAAGGCAAGAAUCAAGGCUCUACGGGCGAGGUCGAGCAAAACGCGACAGGCUGUGGCAACGUUGCAGGCGCAAAGCAAGGAGAAGGAGCUCAAGUACCGGCGACUGGUAAGCCUUUGCACCAGAAGGCCCGAGAUCGAAGUUGAGGCCCUACUGGAUACGCUGAUGAGGGCGGUUGAGAGUGAAAAGCCCGAGUUGGAGAUUGCGAGGGUCAGAAGAUUCUUGGGUGGCGUGGAGGGCGUCGCAUUUCAACCUUGUGCUAACUUUGAACCAGUGGACGGCAACUGGUAUUGUCGUUUUUUUGAAGAAUGCUUCUUCAAAGCAUCCAAGCAUGACGUGUAUAUCCAUCUGAAAGAUGUGCAUAAGUUCCUCGGUUGCCCCGAGACUGCUUGCGAAUUCGCGGCAUCCAACAAAACGGCGAUCUUGGAUCAUUUGACACAUCAUCACUCGGCAAAAGUGAAAUGUCGGGGCAGCCGAUGCACGUUUACGGGAUCAGGGGCUCACGUGAGACGCCAUCUAAAAGAUGUGCACGAGCACCUACUCGAGUGCCCCGAAGCUGACUGCGGAAAUCAAUUCGUCGGGUCCAACAAAGAGUCGAUUAAACAGCAUUUGAAAUAUGCUCACAGGGAAAAAACACUGUGUAAGGUUGAAAAUUGUUGGUUUGCAGGACAAAAAGAUGGCAUGAAUCGCCAUCUAGUCGAUGCGCACAAGUACCGCGAGUGCACCGAAACUGGUUGCAAAUCCGUGCUAGCCAGCAUUGAAUCGCUUUGUAAUCAUCGGCAAUAUACUCACACAGAAAAAAUAAAGUGCCCUUUUGAAGGUUGCAACUGGGUGGGAUCACAGAAGACAUUUUCUCGAGCACAUAAAGACCAGCACUUGGGGACGCGAAAAUGCACCGUUCCUGAUUGCAGCUACACAGGGAUCCUAGCCAACCUCACUCGACAUAUGCGGGGGAAACACAAAAUGACCAAUUCUACACUGGGAAUCGCGAAGAGCUGCGAGGUGGUUGAGCAAGCCGACGAUAUUGGAGCUUCAAAAGGGGCCGUCUCGGAUGGUUUAGACAUGCAGGAUGCUGCGGACAUAUCCAUCCGGGGUGGUGGUGGCUGGGAAGAUAACUCUGAAGAGGACAUUCAUUCGCACUCUGAUCAGGGCAGGUCUCCGGAAUCGAGCACGUGUUCGAGUCCAGAUUGCUGCUCUUGGGAAAGAACGCACCCCUUGCGACAUCUUAACAGGCCAUAUACACAUUCUUCCGACUUGCUCGACAGCGACACGUCGUUUGAGGGAGCGAACUCUGGCGUUGAGCAGGACAUAAUCUGGAUUCAUGAAGUGACAAGACGUUUCGCCGGGGAUGUGGAGGAUGCGGAUGAUGAUAAUGCGCAGUACGCUGGUAUGUGCCUACGAGGAGGUUCUGGUUCUGGAACCGGCGGCAACAUGCAAGAGUGUCCAGUCUGCAUGACGCAAAUCACGCUGGUCGACCAUAGGAGUUUCGGGUCUCACAUGCUAUGGCAUCACCCGCAAUAUGCAGAGGCUGAGUUGGGCAUGCGCGUCGACUGGGAAGAUUGUCCUCUCCUAGGAUGUGGCCACAGCACGCAUUCUGCAUUCAUGCACCACCACCUGGAGUUGCACGUGGGCAAAGAGAUAGGGCAAAGACGUGAAAUUGCUAUGCGGGCACUUGCCCUCCGUAACCAGCAAAAACUGACCACGCCAGAACCAGAACCUCUACAAGGCAACGAAGCCGCCCGUCGUCAGAUGAACGGCCAGCGGCUUCUUCGACCUAAAAUGGAGGGUUUUGGGAUUUCUGGGAAUCCAGCCGCGGGUCCCAGUCGACAGCAACCUAACCAGCCUACUACUUAUGGCAACGGGCAACCGGGACACAUGUUACGAAAUGGUCAAUCCUCCCAAGGUCCUCAAGGCUUGCAACCUUGGGUCAACCCUCAGGCACAGGCUCCAGCUUUCGUCUUUGGCCAGGCCCCAACUCAAGCCUUUCAUCAGGCUCUAGCUCCGCAGCAGGCCUUCUCCUCGCUCCCAGCUGCAGGUGCCUUGUUUCCUCAUAACCCUUACCCUAAGGAUUGGACUGUUGAACAGGUGCAGGCUUGCGCUGCGGCAGAGGCUCGGGCUAGAGCUCAGGUUCUGGCUGAGCACAACCACCCUCUAGGCAACAUUCCGGCUCACGAUCCGCAAUGGGCUGCGAAUGCGAAUACGGAAAUCACCAAGCUCCAUGUUCAGGCUCAGGCAGAAGCUCUGGCUUGGGCCGCCAACCCGGCUCAGGAGUUGGCUGAGGCCGAAGAACUGGCUCUGAAUCCUGCCGGGCAGUCGGUUCUGCGUUCCGCUCAGGUUGUCGCUCGGCAAAUCAACCCGGGCUUGGGUUUCACCCAGACUGUCAACCCGGCUCGCGGUCAGCCUCGAUAUGAGGCUUACAACCAAGCCCGAAGAACGCUGACUCAGACUGAGAAUGUGGCUCUGGCUAAGGCUGCAUUUCACCAGACUUUCAACCAGGUCCGAGGAGCAGCAGCUUCGGCUCAGACUCCUCACCAUCAACAUCCCGGUCAGGCUCAGCAUCAACCUCAAGUUCCUGCUCAGUAUCAACGCCAGACUCAGAGUCUUACCAUGCAUCAGGCUCUGCAAGUGUCUCAGACUCAAGCCCGCAAAGCGGCACAAGCUCAAGCUCAAGCUCAAGCUCAACUUCAGGCCCCGUACCAAUUUCAGAAUCCGUAUCAGCCCCAAGCUUCGUAUCAACCCCAGGGCCCGUACCAACCUCAGGCCUCGUAUCAACCUCAGGCCUCGUAUCAACCUCAAGUUCCCUACCAACCUCCGGCUCCGACUCGGCCUCAGGAAAGGAUUGAACUCCAGGGCCCGAUUAAAUGGGUGUAUGGGCGUAAUGGGGGUCAGCCUCGCCAUCAGCUUCGACCUGAGAAUCAGCCUCAGCUUCACAACCCGCUCCAAGCUCAGACUGGAGGUCAGGCUGAAAGUCAUGCUCAAAGUCAGCAUCAGCUUCAGGCUCAAAGUCAGGCUCAGUCUCAGGCUCAGCCUCAGCUUCACAACCAACUCCAAGCUCAGACUGAAGGUCAGGCUUCAAGUCAGGCUCAGGCUCGCAGUCAGGCCCAGGCUCAGGCUCAGUAUCAGCCUCAGUAUCAGCCUCAGGCACAGGCACAGGCUCAGGCUUUUGUGGAUGCGAAUGGCAUCAAUGGGGAUGCAAACGGCUGGGAUCCAGCGAACGAUUCAGGGGCGGAUUCUCAGACACUUGUUGGGGAUGAGGAUGAAGGUCACCACGACAACAACAACAACAACAACAACGGCUACAACAGUGAUGCACCAACGGUUGUUGCCCACGACGGCGGCGGCUACAACAUUGACGCUGCUGCAUCAACAUCAACGGUUACCGCUACCUUCGACAACAACGAAGGCAUGGCUUUAUUUGACUAG